AUGUGGUAUGAUGAGCGUAUUCGCAAGAGACGCAACCAGGAGGAGCCAACGUUCACACUAUGUUGUGGACAAGGACAAGUUAAAUUGCCCUUUCUUAAAGAGUCUCCAGAGUUAAUAAAGAAGCUUCUAAGUGGUGAUGAUGCUCUCAGCAAACAUUUUAGAGAUAAUUUGCGAAUCUUUAAUAUGAUUUUUGCAAUGACAUCACUAGGGGGGAAAGUUGACAAAUCUGUAGCAAAAGGCAAAGGACCUACAGCAUUUCGCUUGCAAGGAGGAAACUAUCACUUGAUUGGUAGUUUAAAGCCUGAAGCGGGAGAUUAUGCUAAAUAUUCUCAAUUCUAUAUUGUGGAUACUCAGAACGAAGUCGAUAAUCGAGCUACGGUCAUCAGCAAGGGUAAAAAUGUUGCACCAACUUCAGCCAGAAAACAGCUAAAAAAGGAAGUCAUUGAAGCACUGAUAGAAAUGCUUAACGACCAUAAUCCUUAUGUCCAGACGUUCAGGUCCGCGAGAGAGAGGUUUGAAUCUAACAAUGAUGAACCUUUCCACAUGCGUAUUGUCGCAGAUCGCAAGGGUGUAGAUGGAAGGACAUAUAGUAUACCUACUUCAUCAGAAGUAGCUGCUUUAAUUCCAGGAGAUUUCAUCAAACAAAUGCCUGACCGUGACAUAGUUAUCCAAGAAAAGAGUACUGGUCAUUUACAGAGGAUAAGCCAAAUUCAUAUAUCUUACUUAGCACUACAAUAUCCUCUAAUUUUCUGCUAUGGUGAAGAUGGCUAUAGACCUGGGAUAGAAAAAUGCAAUAUUCCAGCAAAAACAAGGAAGAAUAAGAAGAAAUGCAUCAGCAUGAGACAAUGGUUUGCAUUCCGGUUACAAGAGAGGGAAAACGAGUGUCAUACACUUUUGCGUUCAAAGAGGUUGUUUCAGCAGUUUUUGUGUGAUGCUUACACCACAAUAGAAUCAAACCGGCUAUCGUACAUCAAAUUUAACCAGUCAAAGCUUCGGUGUGAGAAUUUUGACUCCAUCAAAAAAGCAGCUGAAUCAGGAACAACCUCAUUGGGUGAAGAAGGUAACCAAUUACUGAUUCCUACUUCUUUCACGGGUGGUCCUCGGUAUAUGGUUCAAAUUUACUAUGACGCAAUGGCAAUCUGUAAGCAUUACGGAUUCCCAGACCUAUUUAUCACAUUCACAUGUAACCCUAAAUGGCCAGAGAUAACGAGAUAUUGCCAAACCCGAGGGUUAACAGCUGAGGACAGACCAGAUAUUGUUGCUAGGAUAUUCAAGAUAAAGUUGGACUCUCUAAUGAGAGACCUGACAGAAAGGAAAAUGCUUGGGAAGGCAGUAGCAUCUAUGUAUACCGUUGAAUUUCAGAAAAGAGGGUUACCACAUGCUCACAUUUUGCUCUUUAUGGAUGCUAAGAGUAAGCUCCCAACAGCAGACGACAUCGACAAGAUGAUUUCUGCUGAGAUUCCAGAUAAAGAAAAGGAACCAGAACUAUAUGAAGUUAUCAAAAACUCUAUGAUACACGGUCCAUGUGGUGCAGCAAAUCCUAAUUCUCCGUGUAUGGUUGAUGGAUCAUGCUCGAAGCAUUAUCCUAAAAAAUUCCAAGAGAUCACUAAGGUUGGAAGUGACGGUUACCCUAUCUAUAGAAGAAGGGAAACAGCUGAUUAUGUUGAGAAGGGUGGCUUUAAAUGUGACAACAGGUAUGUGGUUCCAUACAAUAAGAAGCUUUCACUCCGAUAUCAGGCUCAUAUCAACGUUGAAUGGUGCAAUCAGAAUGGGAGUAUAAAAUACUUAUUUAAGUAUAUAAACAAAGGACCAGAUCGUGUCACAUUUAUAGUUGAACCCGCUAAUCAGGCCACAAGUGAUUCAAGUGCAACUACAGGGCAGGAAUCAAGUCCAACUGAGAAAAAAAAGAACGAAAUUAAAGACUGGUUCGAUUGCAGAUAUGUAUCAGCAUCAGAGGCAAUUUGGAGGAUUUUUAAGUUUCCUUUGCAACAUAGAUCUACACCAGUUCAGAGAUUAUCUUUUCAUCUCGAAGGGAAGCAACCUGCGUAUUUUGAUUCAGAAGCACAUAUUGACGAUGUCCUCGACCAUCUUACACUAACAGAGGCUGAGAUGAAGAAUUACACUCUUCAGGAAAUAGAAAAAAUUAUGUUGUUUAAUGGUGGAACUCUCCAGGGCAUUGAUAAUUUCCCACAGCCAUCAAGAGAAGGUAUUGACAAUUCCAAUAGAUUAAUUGUUGACGAGAUGAGAUAUAAUAGGGACGAGUUGGAAGAGAAACAUACUGAAUGGGUUGCAAAGCUUACUACUGAGCAGAGAGGUAUAUACGAGGAAAUCACAAGUGCUGUUUUCAAGGAUUUAGGUGGUGUUUUCUUUGUUUAUGGAUUUGGAGGAACAAGGAAAACAUUUUUAUGGAAAACUCUUGCAGCUGCUAUUAGAUCUAGAGGACAGAUAGUUUUAAAUGUCGCGUCCAGUGGUAUAGCAUCAUUGUUGUUAGAAGGAGGAAGGACCGCACACUCUCGGUUUUCAAUUCCAUUGAAUCCUGACGAAUUUGCUCUAUGCAAAAUCAAACCUAAGUCAGAUUUAGCAAAUCUGAUAAGAGAAGCCUCUCUGAUUGUCUGGGACGAAGCCCCAAUGAUGAGCAAGUUUUGUUUCGAAGCUUUAGAUAAGAGCUUCUCAGACAUUAUCAGAAACACAAACAACAAGGUGUUUGGUGGUAAGGUUGUGGUGUUUGGUGGUGAUUUCAGGCAGGUUCUACCAGUUAUAAUUGGCGCAGGAAGGGCAGAGAUUUUCAUGUCAGCACUAAAUGCCUCUUACCUUUGGGAUCAUUGUAAAGUGCUAAGAUUAACGAAAAAUAUGCGCCUCCUAUCUGGCAACUUAAGUGAAGAUGAAGCUACACAUAUCCAACAGUUUUCAGAUUGGUUAUUAGCAGUUGGUGAUGGUAGGAUUAAUGAGCCAAAUGAUGGUGAGGCACUUAUCGAUAUCCCAGAAGAUUUGUUGAUAACAAAUGCAGAUAAUCCUAUUGAAGCUAUUACUAGAGAAGUUUAUGGAGAUCCUACUAAGCUGCACGAAAUAAACGAAUCAAAGUUUUUCCAACAAAGAGCUAUUUUAGCACCAAAGAAUGAGGAUGUGAACACAAUUAACCACUACAUGCUGGAGCAUUUGAACAGUGAAGAAAGGGUAUAUCUAAGUGCAGAUAGCAUAGAUCCAACAGAUUCAGACGCAUUAAAGAAUCCCGUCAUCACUCCAGAUUUUUUAAAUUCUAUCAAGCUAUCCGGAAUGCCACACCAUGCCUUGCGUUUGAAAAUUGGAGCACCAGUUAUGUUGCUAAGGAACAUUGACCCUAAAGGUGGGCUAUGCAACGGGACAAGGCUACAAAUUACUCAGCUGGCUAAUCAUGUUGUGCAAGCUAGAGUGAUAACAGGCGACAGAAGUGGUGAGAUUGUUUUAAUCCCCAACAUCAACCUAACACCUUCUGAUACAAAGCUGCCAUUCAAAAUGCGUAGAAGACAGUUUCCCCUAUCGGUUGCAUUUGCUAUGACCAUCAACAAGAGUCAGGGACAAUCUCUAGAACGCGUAGGUCUCUACUUGCCUAAACCUGUUUUCUCUCAUGGCCAGCUUUAUGUUGCAUUGUCUAGGGUUACAUCGAAGAAAGGCUUAAAAAUAAUCAUUCUAGACAAAGAGGGAAAGAUUCAAAAGCAAACAACAAAUGUUGUUUUCAAAGAAGUCUUUGAAAACAUUAACUGA